UGUCAAGUUUGGGAGGCCCUGGCCCACAUGCUGCAGCCUCUGGCAGGGUCACUGAGCUAAGGCGAUGAGAAGACCAUUAGCGACCCCGCUUGAAUGGCUUUAGGAACUACAACCCCCAGUGAGCCAAGAACAAGAGGGUUGAUUAUCCAAGCAAAGCCACAAAGCGCUCCUUUGAAUGUAUGGAGAAACGCCUCAUUUACCGCCACUGGAGGAUUUAUGUCCGUUUUAAAACUUAUUCCAGGCCCAACAUUACAUGCACAUAUCCUGCCAAACUCCUGGAACAGCUAUAAUAUAUUCCUACAGGGACAUUGUGAGAUUUAAUUAUGGUUUUGUAGAGCAUAAAUACAUUACGCCUGCUUAAACCAGUUGGGUACAGAUACCACAACUGACUUUAAACCGAAGUUAAGUACAUUUUUUUUGUAUAUUUAGCUGUGAUACUGCAGUAAAACGGGGUUUCAUACUAUUUUAACCAGGGACGAUAUACACGGACUUUUAUGGUACUUUUUCACGUGUCCCCAGAAACAGAGACGCUAACCCGGGGGGUAAAGUUGAGGGGAGACGGUAAACUUCCUCUGAGAGCUGCCACGUCUGAGCCCGGUCCCAGCCCUACUUCCUCUGGAGCACAUAGCUAACAAGGACAGCGGCGGAGGACAGGGAUAAACUGUGAAUUAAUUUACGAUCUGCCAUGCUGCCCAGGCUUUCUGUCUACAUACUCAUUUCUUUGCCAGUACUCCUGGUGCAGGGCAGCACUGCCGAUAAGAAGAAGAGCCCUGCUACCAGCCCAGCCACCCCUCCACCUCGCCCACCAGCUCCUCUGGGUGACCCCAGCUGGGCUCUGGGUCUGCGCCUGUACCAGGCCCUCCGUUCCGACUCGGGCUCAGUGAACACCGUCUUCUCCCCUCUGCUUGUGGCAUCCUCGCUCGGAGCGCUAGGUGGAGGGUCGGCGGGCACCACUGCCAGCCAGCUCCAAGACCUCCUCAAGACCUCAUCCCCCGCCAAGACUGGAGCCCAUGCUGGGGAGCUUGUGUCCACGGCGUUGGAGAGCUUCGCUAAAGCCAAUGGGACCAGCUUUCACCUGCACGCGUCCUCGGCUCUGUUUUCCAAGCAAGCUCCUCCGGUCAGUCAGGCGUUUGUGAAGGACAGCCAAGCCAGGUUCAGAGUGCAGCAUCAGCCACUGGGGAAAGGAGACUCCAAAGCUGACCUGAAGCAGCUCCAUGGCUGGGUUAAAGCUGGGCUUGGUGGGCUGGAGGGAGCUCCUUUAGGGGCUGAAAUCAAGGCUAAGGCUGGAGCUCUGAUACUGGCCAGCGCCCUGCGCUUUAAAGGGCUGUGGGAGAGAGAGUUCAGCGAGGAGAGCACAGAUCAGCGUACCUUCUUGGGGAAGAAAUACACCAAAGUGAUGAUGAUGCACAGAGCAGGUUUGUACCGCCACCACGAGGACAUGGAAAACAUGGUGCAGGUUCUGGAGGUGCCUCUUUGGCAGGGCAAGGCCAGUGUGGUGUUCCUGCUGCCCUUCCACGUCGAGAGUCUGGACAGGUUGGAGAAACUUCUGACCCUCGAGCUGCUCUCCAAAUGGCUCGAGAAGACUAAUAUCAGCAGUGUGAUCAUCUCGAUGCCCAAGGCGAACCUCACCAGCACUCUCAGUCUGCAGAAGCAGCUGUCUGCUCUGGGCUUGACCGACGCCUGGGACCAGAAUGCAGCCGAUUUCUCCGGGGUGUCAGACAAGAGCAAGGGGAAAGUCCACCUGGGUGCUGUUCUCCAGUGGGCCUCCCUAGAGCUGGCUGCUCAUUCUGGGAAAGCAGAUGUAGAUCUGGAGGAGGAGAACAUAGAAAAGCCCAAGCUGUUCUACGCCGAUCACCCCUUCAUCAUCUUUGUCCGAGACAACACUACUGGUGCCCUGCUGUUGAUGGGAGCUCUGGACCAUGCAGAGGGAGAGGCCCUCCACGAUGAGCUGUAGUACCCACUGACAUCUAUCCUUUACUCCUGUCUUUUUUUGGCUCUGUCUCUCACACACUCCCUCUCAAAGAGUACACACUGGUUUCUAAGUUGAGACAUUGUCAUUCACUGUGGCACACUAUCACAUCAGACUACAGCAGGCUGUCAUACAUUGACACUGCAUAGUCUCAUGCUGACUGACACUGCCAUACCCAGACACUUCCACAGUUACACACACAGGCCGACACUUACAUGGCAUACAUAAAUGAAAACACUGUACAGGACAGACAUUACCAAAGUUGACAGAUAUAGAACAAACAGUAACUUAGAGAAUCUCCCACACACACACACACACACACACACACACACACACAUUCAAGGCCUCAGUGAUCAAGUCAACACAAAACAAAAUCACAAACAAGAGUGCACUGACAAACACCAACAUGCUGACAAGCAGAAGUGGUUACACUGACACAUCACUUAGAGCAGCAUGAACAAAGCGCUUUAACCAAAGGAGGCCCGCACUGACACUUGAAUCCUCCCUGUCAGGCAAACAUCAGGGCAGGUGAAUGUAUGUAUGCGUGUGACCGACAGAUCAAGGGUGUCCAUAAAGUAGCUGGCAGGGGACCUGUGGUAGGGUCCCCUGGGCUACAUCUGAGGAAGACUGAUGGAUCAGCCAAGUGCUUAUUGAUGAGCCAGCUUAAUGCUAAUGGCUGUAAUGAGUCACAACGCUUGUCAACAACACGGAGAGGACGGGGGGGAGCCUUUUUAAUCUCUUAAUACCAUCAAGGAUCAAUGACACCGUUACACUGCUGGAAACAAACAUGACUGACAUCGCUUGACUUAAAUGUAACAGCUUAAUACUUAGGGUGAUUACAGCAAUCCAAAGAGGUAUUGAUUUUCAUUUGUAUAUUUGUUUUUUAUAGCGCCAGAGUGGAUGUCGGGAUAUGUAAAUGAACUAACUACUGCUAAAGUGCAUGUUUGACAUUAGUUAAGGUGCAUUUUUAAAAUAAAGACUUCUUUUUAUCCACUUUUUCACUUGA